CCUUUUGCUCGUUGUAUUCGGGAAAAACCAAGAAAGUUCUAUCCCUCCUUUUCAAAGAAUAGACUGAUAUCUUAUCUCGUUUUCAGCUCCAGCCUGAGGCUUCGAAAAUCAAGGUGGGUGUCAGAAUUCAUUGUUCAUGAUCAUUCACUCACAAUCGGACGCGGUGGAGUAAAGGUUGGCUGCCGAUCGAUGAUCGGAUUUGUUCUUCAUUAAAAACUUCCUCGCAGAAAAAUAAUCGCACAGAAGAGUGCGUGUCACAACGUAGUUGCUCUUGUAUUAUUUUAUUGGUACUUUUCUGCUGGUCGAGACGCUUUUGCCAAGGGGUUGCGAUCGAGCCGGAGUGGGAUUCACGGCAGCGACGUCUGCAAGGAUACCACCGGGUGUUCACUAUUCACCAAUGAACCUGGGGCAUCGCCCACGUCAAGGACAACACUGCAGCGACGGCAGCGGCAGGAGUAGCAGCAACAACAGCACCAGGAAACGACAAUCCGGCGUCACGUUCACAAAGGAGCACUUUCGGCGCGCAAGUUCAUUCAGGACGUCCAGCGACUUGAGCGGCGACCAUGGGACUCGACUUCCUGGCAGACGGAGGUGCCGACUUCGAGCAUGCAAUCACCGUAACAGGUUUUGGAAAAUUUCAUUACAUGCUGCUGGCCGUUUGCGGUCUCAUCUACAUGGACACGGCAAUUGGCGUAACAAUACUUUCGUUCGUCCUUCCGGCGGCGCAAUGCGACCUAGAGAUGGAUUCCACUGCGAAAGGGUGGCUGACCGCGUCUCCGAUGUUAGGCAUGGUAAUUGGAUCGUAUAUAUGGGGAUGCCUGGCUGAUACCAAGGGCCGAAAAAUCGUGUUGAUAGCUACAUUACUGAUGGACGGCAUCGUGGGCGUCGCGUCCUCGUUCGUCCAGUAUUUUUGGGUGUUUUUGAUCUUUCGAUUCUUCAAUGGCUUUGCGGUGACCGGCGCCAUGGGCAUCUGCUUCCCAUAUCUCGGUGAGUUCCAACCCACGAAAUAUCGCGAACGCUGUCUCUGCUGGAUGGAAUUGUUCUGGACGGUCGGCGUUAUCGUCUUACCAUUGAUUGCCUGGUUGAUCAUACCCAUCAAUUUCACUUACGUGAGCGAGAUGUUCUAUUUUAAGUCAUGGAAUCUCUUUGUCGCGAUCUGCGCCUUGCCUUCGAUCAUGCUCGGUCUGUGGUUAUUUGCUUUUCCGGAAAGUCCAAAAUUUCUGCUGGAGUGUGGUGAAACUGACGCGGCGCUUGAAGUUUUUAAAUGGAUCUACGCGCAAAACACCAAAGCUGAUCCCGACACGUAUCCGGUCAAGUGCCUGCAGGAGAAGACAAAGGACAAAAACACUAGGUCUUUGAAGCUGCACAAACGAAAAGAUCUGAAGGUUCUCUUCAAGGAAAUACGAGACCUGACGAGCGCACUUUGCAAACCGCCCUAUUUGCGCAACACGCUGCUCGCAUGUGGUAUUCAAUUCGGGCUCACCAGCAGUUACUACACUCUGAUGGUCUGGUUUCCGGAAUUGUUCACCAGGUUCGAGGAGUUCGAGCACGAGAAUCCUAACGAAAUCACAUCGGUAUGCAUCGUGUCUUCCUUGCCGCACAAUCUCACGUCCUUCGAUACUUAUGGAUGCGACACGGAGAUCGCGCCGUCCGUUUAUCUGCACACUGUGUACAUCGGUCUGGCUUGCAUCCCCGGGUCCAUCAUCCUGCCUCUUUUCGUGCACAAACUGGGAGCCAAGUUCUUCCUAAUCGUCUCAUUGGUGGUAUCUGGCGCGGUGACAAUAGGUUUUUAUUAUGUGGUAAAUUCGAUGCAAAACUUGGUGCUGUCGUGCGUAUUCGAGGCUCUCACGUCUCUCGGGAUCUCUCUAGUUUACUGCGUGAUCGUCGACAUGUUCCCGACGAAUCUCAGAGUGAUGGCCGCUGCGUUGUCGCUGACGAUGGGCCGACUGGGCGCAUUAGUCGGCAACUUGGUGUUCGGUUAUUUAAUCGAUUUAGCCUGCGUGGUACCUAUUAUAUUAUUUGCCGCAUUCCUGUUCGCUUGCGGUCUUCUCUCGUUUCUACUGCCAAGAACUGGGAAGGAAACGUUGGAAUAGCACAAACACAAAGAUCUUCCAAAGCUUGGCCUUCGCAGAAUCUGUACCUUUCGAACACUCCUUGUUAUAUUUAUUAAUAAAUCCAUUUGUAACACA